CUUCCCUUUUCUUUUUCCUUUCCUCUUUCCUCUCUUUAUAGCCCAACUUACCGGUGUCCGCAUGACAAUGCUUCUGCUUGCUUGAUUUGUCCGUUGUAUAGACAAUGACAUUUGAUCGACACGCUCAGCAUCCAUAUAACUACACCCAACCGUAUCAGGAGCAACAACAACAACAACAACAACAGCAUCAUCACCAACCGCCACCACAACAACAGCAACAAGCAUACCCUCCACAAGACUUACAGCAACAACAACAGCAGCAGCAGCAAUCCUAUCUAGGCACGCCUCUGCCAUGGCCACCGUCGACGGGUAGUGGCCUGGUUGGUGCGGACAUGAGCUAUGGCCAAGCUAUGUCUCAACCUCCUCCUCCCGUGCCAGGAGCACCAGCAACAGCUCUAUCUCUACCUCUACCUCCAUCAUCGGCAGCAGGAGCACCAGGAGCAAUACCUCCGGUGAUAACGUCUUCUGCUGGCGCGUCAGCCGUUGCAGCACCACAGCCUUCAAGCACCACAGGCGCUAGUAGCACAUCAGGCAUGCAAGCGCAGGUCAAGACCGAUUCUGAUGUGCAGGACCCUACAAAGCAAUACCACCCGGAAUGGGGCGUGUUACGCGAGCAGGACUUCCAUCCGCUUGCACUAAAACAUCAACGCGAUCUUGAGAACGCCUUUCAGAAUGGCAAGACCAUUGAGGAUUUUUACUUUUGGCAAGCGAAUCUAGGUGGUUACUGUAUGGCCGAUAUGAAUCAAAAUAUUGUUGUAUCGUCUGAAGGCGUCUUUAUGCUUGUACGGCGUAUGGUGGAAGGCGCACCACAUCCCGGCCGGAAGAAGAAGAAGCGAGGCAUGGGCUAACAUAUUGUACCACGAAUUGCGCGCGCACAUACAACUCUCCCCUCCACCCGCCCCCUUAGUCCCCUUUAUUUUUCGUUUAUACUAUUCUUUGAUCUUCUCUGGCCCCCACCCAUCGCUCCCUAUUUCCCCUUGAUCUCUCACCUUAUUUUUUUCUUAUAUGAACGCAUUUUGUGUAUAUCAUAGAUACUACAUAAUGAUUUGUAAAUCCUAGUUGAAUUAUUGCACCCGGAAAUUAUUAUUAUCCCUUGCAAACGGAAGUAAAAAAAAGUCGC